GGCCGGGCCCGCGCUCGCCGCCAUUUUGCUCGGCGUCGGGGAGGUCGGUUGGGGGUGGCGGGACCCCCCGGGCCGCUCCCGCGGCGCUGAGGCGGCCCCAGCGCCGCCCGUUACUGCGAGCGUGAGGGCAGGAAUCCAUCUCGUGUGCCACCGGCCAAGGCGUGCCGCCGCACACCAAUGUCACUGGUUACAGGCUUCACACCUUUGCCAACACCUUGGUCGAGGGUUCAAACACGGGUCUGAUAAUGCAUCAUCCCAGAGUGAGAGUUACGUAGUGUGCGGGCUGGCCGUGCUGUGAGCCUGGCGAGUGGCGAGUGCCCCGAGCUGGCAGAAAGCCCUGAGGCGGCUGCGGAUGUGGCGCCCAGCCCCCGGCAGCCUGGUUCUGCAGAGGGAGGACCUGCACCUCGCCUCCAGCACCUGCGAAACCGUGGGCUCGUUUUACAGUUCAUUUUGAAAGGAAGUAGGGUGAUUGUGUAAAUCACAGUGAAUCCUCUGCUCUUGUCGUGUGCCAAAAAAAAAAAAAAAAAAAAAUCUUCAGCUUUUAUUGGAGAGAGGGUGAUUUCCUGCUAAAGACAGGCACAGGAACUCUGGGAUCUGACCCAUCUAAAGCUCACCUGAAAUUCACGAAAAUAGUGACUUCCACUGGUCUUUUUGUAGGAAUAAGCAGGUUACUGGUGAAUGCCACGCAGUACAGAGGGUUAUCUGAUUUAGCUGGGAACACUACCUGCACGUCCAAGGUGACAAUCAUCAGCCAACUACAAGCUUAUCACCAUGAGUUUUGUUGAAUAUGGAGAUACGAUAAAGGAUGGUGACACGGCUAUUGUGUUCCUGGGCCACGAGUCCAUGUUUCCUGUGAAAGUGCAGCAUGGCUCUGUAACACAGACUAAGUAUGGGGUCAUCAGGCAUUCCACAGACCUCAUAGGCAAGAAGUAUGGCUCCAAAGUGACCUGCAGUAAAGGAGGAUGGGUGUUCAUUCUUCAUCCAACUCCAGAACUGUGGACCAUGAAUCUCCCACACAGGACGCAAAUUCUGUAUUCCACUGAUAUCUCCAUAAUCACCAUGAUGUUGGAACUGAAGCCAGGCUCCAUAGUAUGUGAAUCAGGUACAGGCAGUGGGUCCCUCUCCCAUGCUCUCAUCCGGACAGUGGCUCCCACCGGGCACCUGUACACAGUGGAGUUCCACCAGCAAAGGGCUGAGAAGGCGCGGGAGGAGUUUCGGGAGCACGGGGUGGAGCACCUGGUCACUGUGACCAACCAGGAUGUCUGCAAAAAUGGCUUUGGGGUCUCAAACAUUGCAGAUGCUGUGUUCCUAGAUAUUCCAUCUCCAUGGGAAGCCAUAGGACAUGCCAAGUCAGCAUUAAAAGCUGAAGGUGGCCGCAUCUGCUCUUUCUCCCCCUGCAUUGAACAAGUUCAAAGAACCUGCCUAGCGAUGGAAGAAUAUGGUUUUACAGAGAUUAACACCUUGGAAAUUCUGCUCCGAGUGUACAAUGUAAGGACAGUUAGCUUGCAAAUCCCUGACCUUGGAAAAGCAGCUGAGGAUAAUUCUAGCACUGGCUUUGACAGCAGCAACCCAUCACAUCAAGACAGCCUGUGUGCUAAUCUGCAGCAAGGGACUGUGCAGUUCAAGAGUGGUGUGCCACUGAGGGAGGUGGUUGGGCACACUGGGUACCUGACCUUUGCCACCAAGAGCCUGGUGUAGUACAUGCCCAGUUUGUGCAGUCUGGAGUGGAGUUUGUGUGUAUUCUGUUUUCAUGGCUCUUUUUUGUAUGGCAUCCAAAGUUUUACUUGUCAGGGAAUUCCAUAUAUAGUUAGAUUUGGUUGGAAUAUGCUUUGUUUAAAUAGCACACAGGCAUUAAGCAGAGCAGCAUCAAGGGAAUGUUGGAACUCUGGAAUGGUGCUCCACUUGCUGUCAGAAAGAAGAUAAAUGAAUAGCGAAUAGCCAUUCACUGGAAUGUACAGAAUUAAGAUCUCUCACAAGAAAGCAAAACAAACAAUGGACAAAUUACAAAUAAGUUGGAUUUUUUCCUCCUUUUUUCCUGAAUUACUUUCCCAGGUUUAUGUUUUUAUUUUUUUUCCUAGCACCACUGGACACUAUUUUUUUAACUUCUCUAGUGUCUGUGUUGCUCUGAAGAAUGUGCAAGUGCCUACUUCCUCCAUUUUAGAUAAGAAAGUUCCAAGAUUAUAGGGUUGCCAGCACAACUGUUCAUAGAAUCAGUGUUUCCAUGGAAUAGUGUUGCAGAGGAUUAUUGGCAACACACAACCUCUUACUCCAUUCCAGGCUGGCAUCUGCAAAUCAUUUUGACUACACAGAGGUCAAAGAAGUGUAGUAAUUGUUGGAUUUAAUUUAAAUUGGUAUAUUGUCCUCAUCAGUUUGUAGUAGAAAUUUGAACCUAGAUCCAUACAGUCAUGUUCUAAUAGAACAACCACUUGCAUAGUUAAUGAAUCCACUGUGAAAAUUAACUGAACAGCUGGCUAAUAUUAUCUGAGCACCUCUUUGUAAGUGGUGUGGAUGAGGUUCCAGUUGUUUGGUGGUUUAUUUCCAUUAUGGUGUAUUGUUUUUCUGCAGCUGAAUGACAGAAAGAUUGCUUUUGGCAGGAUUUCUGUCUCCAAAUUACAUUAAUAAUGCACACUUAGUAAAAUCCUCAACCAGCCUUAUUAAUUAAGUUUUCAGAUCAUUUACUCUUUGGUCUUCCAUACAGAGCUGGUGGGUGUGAUGAACUGUUUGAAUGCUGGAUUACAUUUUGUAUUUAUAGAUUAAAAUAAUAAUGCAAAUUAA